AUGCCGAAAGCUACGACACCUAUAUCCGGCUCUCGCCAAGGGCGGAGACAUAAUCCUCUCGAGACAGAUCUCACGGCAACUCCACUCAAGAUCAAGGGUGAGAAGCGCAAGUCAAGACACCAGGAUGAGGGCGACCAAUUCGUGGACUCGAAAGCAUCGCGGAAGAUUCUGCGCAUGGGACAAGAACUUGCAGAUGACGAUGCAGAAGAGAACUCUGUACAAACAGCAAAUACAGCCUUCGAUUUUCAAUCGAGAUUAGAGGACGACGAUGACGAGGAAGUGCCAGGACAAGAAGAGUAUGAGGAGUGGGGAGAUGAGGAGGUCGAGGAGAUUGAGCUUGCGCCGGAUGAUCUAGAGACAUUCAAUAAGUUCUUUCCGACUCAAGAAGAUCCAUUGCUGAGGCAGGGCUGGCCUGGUAUGGCAGACGAUGAGGAGGACGAAGGCCCAGGGACGAAUCUGGCGGAUCUAAUAUUGGAGAAGAUUGCUAUGCAUGAGGCAUCACAAGGCCCAAACGGUGGAAACUCUGCACCAGGACCAAUAGAUGAGGAUUUUGAGAUACCGCCAAAGGUUGUGGAGGUUUACACAAAAGUUGGGCUUUUAUUGUCGAGGUACAAGUCAGGAAAGCUCCCCAAACCUUUUAAGAUCCUUCCCACGGUUCCUCGAUGGGAGGAUAUCAUCGAAAUUACCCGACCAGAAGCAUGGACUCCAAAUGCGAUCUACGAAGCGACCAAGAUAUUCGUGUCGAGUACGCCGGCCACUGCACAACGCUUUUUCGAGAUGAUAGUGCUGGAGAGGGUGAGAGAAGAUAUUCACGAGACGAAGAAGCUGAAUGUACAUCUGUUCAAUGCUUUGAAGAAGGGUCUAUACAAACCAGCGGCAUGGUUCAAGGGGUUCUUAUUUCCCUUGGUUGGGAGCGGUACUUGCACGUUGCGGGAAGCCCAGAUUAUCUCUGCAGUUCUUGUCCGAGUUUCAGUACCGGUCCUUCACUCUGCGGCUGCGAUCAAGGGUCUCUGCGAUAUUGCUGCUCAAGAAUCCUCAGCAGGUACCGAGGGAGGUGGUGCGACAAAUAUCUUUAUCAGAGCUAUGCUGGAGAAAAAGUACGCUUUACCCUACCAAGUUAUCGACGCUCUGGUUUUCCACUUCUUACGAUUCCGCACGGUGGAUACAACGAACGGAGGGGAGGCUAUGUCAGGCGUAACUGGUGCUGGAUCAAAGGAUACAAAACUACCGGUUAUUUGGCAUCAAUGUCUGCUGGCGUUCGCUCAAAGAUAUAGGAACGAUAUCACCGAGGACCAGAGAGAAGCUUUGUUGGAUCUGCUACUCACAAAGGGACACUCGAAGAUUGGCCCGGAAGUCAGACGAGAAUUGUUGGAGGGUAGAGGUAGAGGUAUUCUUCUUGAGCCGGAAGCUCCAAGGUUCGAUAACGACGACACGAUGUUGGUAGAUUAA